AGCGCUGGAGCUAGCGUCAGCAUGAAGGGGCGGAAUGUUUGAGCAGUUUCCUCCAACUUCCAAGCUGGGACUCCUCCGCCUCCUCUUCCGAGAAGCGCGGUGCCCGCGCGCUUCUGUGCAGACAGAGAAAAGCUUUUGACCGGCCAUUCCAAGUUUCGAAGCCCCAGUUGAUCCUACGCGACGGUGCAAAGAGGACAUGCACGAAGGGUGGAGUUGUCCUCGAGGUCGCGCAGAACAUGCUUUAGCUGUGACCUGGAUUCGAGCUGAUUGAUAAGUUAUAGUACUCAGAAGAAGAAUGCUGGAAGCUGCAGCGGUUUGGAAGACUAAAAGCUACUGUAGCAAGGUUGCACUAGACGCUGAUCAAGUCUGGUUUCUCAAUCAACACGUCCUAACAGCUGCAGAUUCAUCUUAUAAAGAGCAAGCAUAGAUUAUAAUUAGGGACAAAUAGCAGGUAAAGAACAAUCAAGCAGGCUCAAGUGCACUUACGAUGGCAUAUUGCGCGCAUGAAGUUAGCGCCAGCUGGCGCCGCGCUGGCGCUCCACCCACCAGACUCAUGACACUUUUCCACCUCUCAGCAUUGUGUGUCACAGCGCUUCUAAGCUCACUCCCUUGCACUAGUUCUACACAUGUAGGCGCGACGUCGCUUUGCACCAGAAUGGGAAAUGCCGAGGUUGUGAGCUUCCUCCAAGCACAGCAGAAGAAAGAUCGAGCAGAUUUUUCAGAGGUACAGCUUCCAUUGAAUAUCAGAAGGAUGCUACAACCAGCUGCGCAAGCUCCGGCAGCAAGUGCUGCGGUCCGUGGGAGUAUGAACGUCUCCGCACUCUACGCAUUCGGAGACUCAACGACGGACACAGGCCUGAACAAGUACCUUAACAGCACCACUACGUCAGCUGAUCGCCCCCCAUAUGGAGAAACCUACUUUCACAUGCCAACUGGGCGGUAUAGCGAUGGGCGCCUUGUUGUCGAUUUUCUGGCCCAGGCGUGGGGUUUCCCGCUUCUGGCCCCUUAUCUCCAGCCCGGGGCAAACUUUUCGCGCGGGGCCAACUUUGCGUCUGCCGGGAGCGGCGCGCUCAACACCACGUCCACCGACGGAGAGCUUUCGCUCGCCGGUCAGGUCGCAGCUUUCCUGGCGUUCAAGAACGGAACCAACGGAACGGGUCCUAUCCCGAACUCCACCAUCAACGAAGCGAUCUUCCUCGUGAGUACGGGAACCAAUGAUUACACGCACUACACUCUCGACCUGGGGGGGGUGUUUAGCGGCAAUCCGGUGGCGCCAGAUGACUACAUCCAGAGCGUCGUCGCAAACCUUGCGGCGGGCGUCCAGGGUUUAUACGCGGCCGGCGCGCGCCGCUUCUUCGUCGCAAACGUUCCCGCGGUCGGCUGCGCGCCACAAGCGCGCCUAGUCACCUUUAACGACUCGUGCCUCGACCCGCUCAACGAUCUGGCCAGGGAUCACAACCGGUUGCUCAAUGCCACGCUGGCAAACCUGACGUCAGCGUGGCCGGACGCGACGAUCCUGGUCGGGGACACCAACGGACUGCUCGCGAGCACCGUGGCGCAGCCGAGCGCGUACAACUUUUCUGUCUCCGCCGUCGCCUGCUGCGGUGCGGGCCCCAACAACGCCACCCUGCAGUGCGGACAGAACCGGACGAUCUUCGACCUGUACACCGUCCGUGCGGACGCGUGCGCCGAUCCGGACACGCACAUCUUUUGGGACGUGGAACACGGUACGGAGGCCUUCUACCGGUUCGUCGCGAAGCAGUUCCUCUUUGGGACUGCAUUCGUGCAGCCGCGCAACCUGACGGCAACCUUCGCCUUUCCCCCGGGCGUGCAGAGUCGCCUCACCUAA